UUUUGUACGUCGGCGUGGUGGUUUGGCGCCAGUGAUUUCGCGGGGUAGCAGCACAAGAAGCAGCAUUAUAGGAAAAGGAAGCGAGGAGCUUACAUGUAACUCGACAGGUUAAAGAGUUACAAACCUCCGAGAGUGAAGUGGGUGAAUGCUGCUUCCUGAGUUUAGUCCUGAACUCCGAGGCCUUGAGGAAGUGAGGAAUAAUGAUGGCGGUGGCUGGGCCUCCAAGCAGCUCCGGCUUCCUUCCUCUGCUGGAGUCUGUGGAGGACAGUGCUGCUGGGCAGUCAGAGCAGACUGACGCCUACCUCACCAUCGCCAAUCGGCUCAGUGGAGAGGAAGGCCGCCAGUUUCUACCUGCAGUUGAGAAGCACUUUUCUCGUUUGGGCAAAGCCAUCAUGGCUCAUAUAACCAGUCCGAACGCAGAGCUCAGCCAAGCUGCCCUCCAGGCUUUAGGGUUCUGUGUGUACCAUCCUUGUGUUGCCUCUGGAGUGCCUGGGACCUUUGCAGCAGAGAUUCUGUUAGCACUUUGCUCACUGGUGGUGAAGUCGGUGGAUAAGAACACAUGCACCAGAGCAUUAUGGGUCAUCUCCAAACAGAGCUUUCCUCCAGACAUGGUCGCUGACAAAGUGCCAUCUAUACUGGGAACUCUGGAGAGUGUGUGGAGCAGAGAGGACCUCCAGUCAGCUGUAAUGGAGCAUGAGGCCUUGAACGUUGUCAUCAGGCUGCUGGAGCAGGUGCCAACCCAGAUGGGUGAGGGAGCGGUACGGUGGGCGAAGCUGGUCAUCCCGCUGGUGGUCCACUCGGCCUCCAAGGUGCGUCUGCGGGCCGCAGUAGCCAUGGAGAUGGGCAUGCCUCUGCUCCUGACGAAGCAGACGCAGGUGGCCGCCAUCAUCGAACCUAUGAUGUCCUCGAAACUGAUCCCAGAGCUGCAGAAGCUUUUCGUGUCUAAGAACGAGACCAAUGUCCUGAAGCUCUGGCCGUUGUUCGUGAGGCUGCUGGGGAAGCUGCUGCACAGAGGAGGCCCCUUCAUCAACUCUCUGCUGCAUCUGGAGGAGCUGGGUUUCCGAAGCUCCUCUCCCACUGUCAAGAAGAUUGCCUUCAUUGCCUGGAAGAGCCUCAUAGACAACUUCGCCCUCAACCCAGACAUCCUGUGCAGCUCCAAACGGAUGAAGCUCCUGAUGCAGCCACUCACUUCCAUCAAUGUCAGGACGGAAGCCCUGCUGCUCACCAAGGUGGAGGUGUGGUGGUACCUAGUGGUGCAACUUGGGCCCAACCUGUCGCCUAACUUUGAUCAGAUUUCUGCACCUCUGCUCCACUGCACCAUUGGAUCCGACUCCUCUUCUUUCCUGGGCACUCCCUCAAGAGCUGUCACUCAAAGCGUUGCUGCUUCUCCUGGUACACCCAGUACUGGCAUUUCAACCUUCAGCAGCUCAGCCAGCACGACUCGGGUGAGUCUGAACUCCAGCGCCCAGGUCCCCUCCACCUUCCCAUCUAUACAGCUGCUGGGCCUGGAGAUGUUACUUCACUAUUUCCUGGGACCAGAGGUUGAUGAUGCUGCAGCAAAGAACAAACUCGUUCUAAGUCUUGAGCCCUUGAAGCACCCGCUGCUCUCAGGUGCUUCUUCUUUCAUUAAACAUGCUGCUGUGCUCAUCUCGAACGUCAGAGAUGGAUUCACCAAUGUUGGAAAAGGCGCUCCAGAGUCCCUUCUGGCCGUCACAUGGACGAGUCUGGCCCAGUUUGUCAGUUUAACUAUAGAGUCUGUCGGCAGUAAGAAGGAUCGCCAGGGCAGCGAAGUGCUCACACUGAUGCUUCAGGCUCUGCAGAGCAUCGUCACCUCCGAAGCUCUGCCCGCAGACAGAGUCCUGGUUCUGUUCGAGGCCACACUCAAAGUUAUUCCCCAGAGAGUUCUUGGCUCUGCCUCGUACCAGGUGGGGAAGAUGGACGUGCUAAAUGGAACCCCAGCUCUGUUUCUCCUCCUCCUCCUCUAUGACAGCAGCAUGCUCCCGGCCUACAUUGAGGACGAGAGGUUUUUCCAGUGCCUCCACACGCUGGUGGCCUGCGGCCUGUCGGGCCCCGCUUCCCCUUUGACAUUUGCGGAGGCGGUGCUGGGUGCCAUCAGACACAGCGCUGGGUCUGUUGAGAACAAGGAGCAGCUGUGGAGGAUGUGGAACGCGGUGGUCAUCCCGCUCACAGACACCAUCACACAGUCAAAUGAAGUGAACCAGGGUGAUGCUCUGGAGCACAACUUCAGCGCCAUGCACUCGGCCCUGUUGUUCCCCAUCACACACCUACUGCGUGGCACGCCACUCCAGCAGGCGACUCAGAAGUCAAUGCUGUCGACAUGGUCCAAGCUAUACAAAGUGUUUGCUCGCUGCUCGGCGCUGGUGGCCACCGCUGAGGAGAACGUCUGCUGCGAGGAGCUCUGCACAAAGAUGACAGCUUCAGUAGACAAAAACACCUUAAUGUCUUCAUCGUUAAGAGACACUUGGAUAACUUGCUGUUCACCUGUGUCUCUUCCAGCUCCUCACACUCCUGGAAACUGGAUGAAGAAAAGGAGUAAGGCCCUGGGGAACCUGUCCACAUUCCAGGCCCUGCUGGUACAGUGUCUAGAGGUUUAUCUGGAGGCCCCUGAGGCUUCUGAGGCCACAGGAAUGGCUCUGGUAUCCGUUCUGUCUGCGCUCUUCACUAACCUCAUCCUCGCCAACGCAGUCCAGGAGGCGCUUGCUUCUCUCAUUCAGCCUCUCACCCUGUUCUACCAACAAGCAGCCAGCGAGCCGCCCAAAUUCACCUCACCAGUUCUGUCAAAGACUCAUUUUCAACAGAAACUGAAGUCUCCUCACACUCCUGGAAACUGGAUGAAGAAAAGGAGUAAGGCCCUGGGGAACCUGUCCACAUUCCAGGCCCUGCUGGUACAGUGUCUAGAGGUUUAUCUGGAGGCCCCUGAGGCUUCUGAGGCCACAGGAAUGGCUCUGGUAUCCGUUCUGUCUGCGCUCUUCACUAACCUCAUCCUCGCCAACGCAGUCCAGGAGGCGCUUGCUUCUCUCAUUCAGCCUCUCACCCUGUUCUACCAACAAGCAGCCAGCGAGCCGCCCAAAUUCACCUCACCAGUUCUGUCAAAGCUGGAGAAGCUUCUCGGGGAGGUUCUCUGCUGCCUGCAGAGCCGCUCGACUCUGGCCUACGAUGACGAACUCCUGGCUCUGCUUUCUCCUCUGCUGUGUGUGUUGUUUCCCCACAAGAACAAGCAGCUCCGCACUUCAGUCGCCCAGUUCUGGAACUCCACCUUCGCCAACUCAGUCGGCCUCACCUACCCUGAUGAGAUCAGACCAAUACUGAGCCAAGUGAAGCAGAAGACUCCAAUCAUUCUUCCCAGUUUUGAGGUUGUCACUGUUCCUGAUGAGCUCAGUGAACCAUCUUCUAGUGACAGUUCCCAGUUGGAGACCAAGCUCAGUGGGAUGCCACUUUCCUUUUUAGGGAAGAGGGACUCGCUGUUGGGAAAGGCUGCUGAACUGAACGACAAGAGCUCCUCAAAGACCUCCAAGCCAGUUUCUACAAAGCUGGACUUUGGCUCUCCCAAACCUCCCCGCAGAAAGGUUUUAGAGGAAGAAUCCUCUGUCGACUUUGUCUUCAUUCCUCCCGAGACGAAGGAGAGAGUGUUGACUGAGCAUCAGAAGGAAAUUAAAAGGACUAAACGGGUUGACAUCCCUGCCAUGUACAACAACCUUGAUGCUUCUUUAGAUACAACGAUUUUCACCCAGUUCACCCAGAGCCAGGAAGACUCUCUGGAGAAACUACCAACAAAACAAGCUGACAAGCUUACUGAAGAGGCUCCUGGCAAGGUACAGCAGGAAGAUGUGGAACAUAAGGAGCAUCCUGAGGUUCAAGCAAAAGAUACUAAAGACUGUGUUAGCCCCAAACUGGUAGAGAAAGUGGUAGAUGACCAACAGGAGGAGGUGUCCCUAGAGUCGGAUGUUUCCAUGGAAGAUGACACCAAGAGUGACGACGGAGCAAAAGACACAGACGUGCAGUCUAAAGAAGGCAGAAGUCUCAGGCACAGUCGUCGUCAGAACUUUAUCACACUAGAGAAGUACUCUGGAGGAAAGCCUGCCAGUCCUAGCAGUGCAGCCUCAUUCACAGGUCCCCACAUGAAGGCCUCCAGUAGCCAAGAAAGUUCUACCACCAUCAAGACACCACCCUCCCAGACUUCCCAGACAUCCAUUGGUUCAAACUGUCAGGAUUCCCAGUCCAUUCAGACAAGACAAAUUAGCUCGCAGCAUCCUGUGAACAUUGAGUCCCCACGAAGACCAAAAGACUCUGUGACAAAAAGUGAGCCAGUAAGGCUGACUGAGCGACUGCCCAGUGACUCAACAGAGGAUGAAGGUGUUAUCCCAGACACUCCAGUUGAGCUGCAGGAUAAUGGGAGUACAAGAAUGGCUUCCACAUCAGAGGAAACAAUGCACUCAAGCCAAAGAGAGGAAACUGAACAGAAUCUCGGUGACUCACAAUCCUGUGAGACCCUGACGUCUCUAGGCAAACUCAGACGCUCUGCAUCCAGCAGAAUACAAGCUCAGCUACCUGAACAGCCCAGUGACUCAACAGAGGACGAAUGUAUUAUACCAGACACCCCAGUUGAAAUGCAGGGCAAGAAUCGUACACAGUCAACAUUAGAGGAAAAUCAAGAAGAGGAAUUUGAAGAAACUCUGAGUGAUUCUCCACCCUCUGUGGCCCAGAUUUCUCCAGAUGGACCCACAUUGUCUGAAAGCUACAGAGUUGGAUCUCUGGUGCCUGGAUUGCUCGGUGAGACAACGGGGGACACCCAGUGUGAUGUACAGCAGAACUUGAGUACAACAGUGGCUUCCACAUUGGAGGAAACGAAACACUCAAGCCAAGAGGAGGAAUCUGAACCAGCUGUGGAAGGUUCUCAAUCGUCUGUGACCCAGACUUCUCCAGGUGAACCUAGACGGUCUGGACGCCACAGGGUCAGACCACUGUUACCUGGGGAAGACCCUGUGGAAUGGGAAGAGAAAUGCGGCCAGUUCAAAAAGAGACGCUCUGGAGAGGAGCCUAAAGGUGAUUCCCCAAAGUCGAGCUCAACACAGAGCAGACCAAACACAAGAAGUAAGCAGGCAGAGGAGGAGAGUAGCAGAGAGGGAGUGCGGACGAGGGCUCAAAGCGAUAAGAGUGAGUCGAGCCAAAGGAACUCUCAGGGUAGAGCACACAAAAAGACCAAAUGGUACAGCAGCUCAGAGGAGUUCCUGGGUCAACCUGAACACAAAAGGAGAGGCACCAGAGUGCAUGAAUCCAGCCAAACUGAGUUGCAGUCAGACUCGCAGUCUGAUUUCGAAAGCCAGUCGCCAGGUAGGCGCAGACGGCAGAGCAAACCAGACAAAAUGGACAGCAAGGACCCAUUAGGAAUCCAGAGUCAGUCCAACUCUCAGACCACGGAGCCACCUAUCGAUCAGGCAGAGCCCAGAAUUGAAGGUAGGACCAGAAUGAGCAAAGUAAAAGAGGAGCUGUCAAAUCAUAGCUCAAUCCCAGAGAGCUCUCAGAUAUUAGAUACUGCAGGAUUUACAGAGUCCUCCCAAGGCAGGAGCAGGUACUCGAGACGAAGGUCUUCUCAAGUCGCCACUAUGGAGUCCUCAGAGUCUGAAUCACCAGAGGCCAGAGAAAAUUCCCCUAUGCCAAGAAAGAGAGGAAGGAAGCCUCGUGUGUCUCUUCAAAGUCCUCUGGCCCUUGGAUCUAAAGAAAAUGUUAAUAAUGAAGAUGUGGCAAAGGAUGAUCCUGAGUGUUCUCCACAGGCAGGUACACGGAACAUAGAAGCUAAAAGUAUAACAGAGUUUGAGGAUUCGCAGAAAAGCUGUGAUGUACAGGCUUCUGAAUCGCUCCAGGUUACAGGUAACGCUGAGCAAAGUAAGGAACAGUUGUCAGUAGAGGCAGAGAUUGAUGCUGUAGCGGCCUUAGGGCACGAAGCUCCAGAAAAAACUGAGACUAAAAACACGAAUGUGAGCUGCGUGUCACCUCGCAAACACAAACAAAGUCACUCCAGCAGCAGCCAUAAUACCUCUUCGCAUGACACCAGGGAUGUGGAAAUGCUAGAGUCUGGCACAAGUAACAAGCGGGCUCAGGACCAGCUGCCCUGUAACCCAUCUGUGGUGUCUGCUGUGGACACACUGGUGCCCCCUGAUGAGAUAACUGAAGCACUGCAAGUCUCAGAGUCUGCAUCUGAAACUGAAACUCGGACUGCCAACACUGAAAAUGAUGUCAUUCUGACAGGUGUUUGUAAUGUCUCGGAGUCUGCAAGCAAAGAUGUUUCUCAGGAUUCUCCAGCAAAACAGAAGGGUCUCGAGGCUGUGAUGGUUCCAGAUGUUGGACAAAGCCCCAUCAGUGGCAAGAUCAAAGGAACCUGGUCUCCUUCAGUCUCCCCAUCCAGCAGUAUUCUUAAGAAGGGCCAGAAGAGACAACAAGAGGAUGAGACUCCCUCGCCUCUUGUCAAAUCGAGGCGCGUCUCUUUUGCUAAUCCAAUCCAGCAACAGGAAACAGCAGAUGACAUAGAUCGUCGCAGCCCUGCUGUCAGAACCAUCUCCCCACGAAAAUCGAAAGUUAGCAGUAACUCUCAUCCUAAGUGUGUCUCUACCCCAACAAAGCGCUCGCUCAUCCUGAGUCCCAGAAAUCUGCACAGCCCGAGUUUUAAGAGCUCCAAAAAGUGCCUGAUUUCUGAAAUGAGCCAGGAGCCUCGACUCGUCUCCAGAGACUGUAUCUACCCUGCACUGGUUGGCUGCUCCACACCUGUCGAAGCUGUGCUGCCUAAGAUAUCCUCCAACAUGUCUCGCGGUUUUGGGCAGCUCGUUCGAGCCAGAAACAUCAAAACGGUCGGUGACCUCAGUGCUCUAACUCCCAAUGAAAUCAAGACUCUGCCAAUUCGCUCCCCAAAGAUUUCCAAUGUUAAGAAGGCACUUAAAGUCUACGAACAGCAGUGCAAAGGACGAGGCGGUGACGAGCUGAAGAGCUUUGAUGAAACAGAGAUGAUGACCUCUGAACUGGAGGAGACCAGUGCUCCUCAAAACCAGGAUGAGGAGAAGGAGAAAACUUCAGGCGAAACACUAGCGACAGAGCUGGUGGUGGACGAGUGUGUUCCUGUCGAUGAGAAGCCGGAGCAGGACUGUUCCAGGAAUGAAAUUCCUGACUUGGCGGCCACAGGACAGCAGCAGCAACCUGAAGGACAGCUGCAGCCUGACAGGCUGCUGUCACAGGUGGAGGCGCUGACCUGCAGGAUGACGCCACUAGAACUCAGCGGCUGCUCGCCGCAGCAGCUUGUUUUGAUGCACGAUCAGUUAGGAGGCAUGAUGCGGCGCUUGGUGGUCGAGCUGCAGUCGCGCCUCUGUCAGACAGAUGGCGGGCUCUGAGGAGACCGCUGUUGUUGCUGGACCAGACAGCUGAACUGGUGUUGAGAAGCACAUGAAAAGAUGACGCUGCAGCAAAGAAAAUGUUUUUACCCCGUGGGCUUCGUUUAGUUGGACGUGUUCAAAUUAAAAAUCAUUUUAUGCUUUUAACUCAAUGUGACUUGGACUUUCCUUACCUUUGAUUUUGAUUUUUUUUUUUUUUAAAUACGUGCUAGCAGCACAUUUUUUUUUAACUUCAAGCUUUAGCUUUUUAUACAAUUUGAAGAAAACUGAAAGAGAAGCACAUUCUCAUUUUUAAUCUGUCAAAAGAAGAAACACCAACAGUAGUAUUCUCUGCAACUGCAAUUAGGGAUGACAAAUAUCUGAAGAAAGAAACUCCACGUGCUUUUGACACUUCAGCCUUUGUACAUAAGGUUUCUGUCCUCACUUCAUUCCCUCGUGCAGCUGUUUACAGCUCAUCACUUUUGAACAUUUUGAGGAAUGUCUUUGUAAAGCUUUUCUUUGAUCUCAGUUUUACUGCAUUUCUAAUGUAAUGGUAGUGAACAGUCUGUACUUCAUCUUUAUUUGUGGGUUUAAAUACUUCAAUAAAAGAAGCAAUUUUUUUCCAACAUGCA